AUGAUCCAGGCAUUCUUACAGCGUCUGGCCCUCUGGCUGGACCGGCCGCUCUUCCCAUGGAGGAAGCUCGUCGUCGGUUUCUCGCUCGCCGAGUUUGCGCUCGAAAACUGGCUGCUACUCCGCCAGUACCGCGUCCUGCAGCGCACGAGCGUGCCCAAGGCUCUGGACAAGGAGAUUGACCAGGAGACCUUUGACAAAUCCCAGGCAUACGGCCGCGCAAAGGCCAGAUUCAGCUUCGUCUCCGCUCUCUUCAACCAGGCCAAGCAUCUCGCUACUCUCUACUUCAACGUCUAUCCCCUACUCUGGAGCGUCGCUGGCACGCUCGUUGCACGCUAUGCGCCCUCCAGCCUCUCGGGCGAGAUUCCACGCUCGCUGUUGUUCAUCUACCUCAUGACAUGGGCGGAAACCGUCAUCGGCCUGCCCUUGUCCUACUACCACCACUUUGUCCUCGAGGACAAGUACGGCUUCAACAAGAUGACCAUCAACACGUGGGUCACGGACAUGAUCAAGGGCCAGGCUCUCGGACUUGGGUUUGGCAUCCCCAUUGGCAGCGCUUUCUUGGCCAUCAUCCGCAAGACGGGCCAGAACUUCUUCUACUACCUGUGGGUGUUCAUGCUGGCUGUACAGAUCCUGGGCAUGACCAUCUACCCCAUCCUCAUCGUGCCCUUGUUCAACAAGCUGGAGCCACUCAAGCCGGGCAAGCUCAAGGACUCUGUCGAGGCGCUGGCCUCGAAGCUCGACUUCCCCCUCUCGGAACUGCAGGUCAUCGACGGCAGCAAGCGCAGCGCACACAGCAACGCCUACUUUACCGGACUGCCGUGGAUUGGCAAGAAGAAGAUUGUCAUCUUCGACACGCUGCUGGAGAAGAGCUCGGACAAGGAGGUCGAGGCUGUUCUUGGCCACGAGCUCGGUCACUGGAAGAUGAACCACACUUCGCGACUGCUGCUGAUUGCACAGGGACACCUUUUCUACACGUUUGCCCUCUUCUCCGUCUUCAUCAACAACCGGUCGCUGUUUGCAGACUUUGGCUUUCACCGGGAGCAGCCGAGCAUCAUUGGAUUUAUUCUGUUCAACGAAAUCUUGUCGCCCACCGACGCCCUGUUCAAGCUGGGCAUGAACUUCUGGACGCGCAAGAUGGAGUACGAAGCGGGUACGUAUCUACUUGUUCAUUGUUUGCACGCUGACGCAUACACUGACAUGGCCCAGACUCGUUCGCCGUCGAUCUUGGCUACCGCAAGGAGCUCGGUGCUUCGCUGCUCAAGCUCCAGAUCCAAAACCUGUCCAGCAUGGACGCUGACUGGUUCUACUCCUCGUUCCACCACUCGCACCCGAUCCUCACCGAGCGCCUGCGGGCGAUGAACUGGAGCAGCCACGAGAAGCUGGUGGACAAGGCAAAGGACGAGGACAAGGCGGUCAAGGCGUCGGACCGGGAGUUGUAG